AAUAUCAAAAACCCAACUCCAAAACACCCCAAAAAAUUAGGGUACAACCCUAAAUAAGUAAAUCCAAUAUGUCAUCAACCUAUGAGCAACAAAUGCAACACCAAUACCACCAACAACAACCAAUCACCCAAACCACUCGCCAAACCGUCAAGUUCCUAACCGCCUCCACCAUCGGCACCGCCCUAUUAAUACUCUCCGGCCUCAUUUUAACCGGCACCGUCAUAGCUCUCGUCAUCGCCACACCUAUUAUGGUCUUGUUUAGUCCCAUACUCGUUCCCGCGGUCAUCACCGUCUUCCUCAUCGCCACCGGUUUCAUAUUCUCGGGUGGGUGCGGGGUGGCAGCCGUCUCGGCGUUGACAUGGGUCUACAAGUACACUACCGGGGAGAACCCACCAGGAGCCGAUACAUUAGACCGUGCUCGCAUGCAAAUCAAGAACGCGGCGAGGGAUGUUAAGGAUAGAGCUAAGGAUAAUUUGCAAUAUAUUCAAGAUAAGGCUCAAGAGGGUAGUGAUGUUCAUCAAAGGGGUCAAUAAUAAAGUUCUAUUUAGAUAAUUGGAGUGUGUUUUGAUUUUGUUGUAAUAAGUUUGGUUAUCUUU